GCGGAGGCGGAGGCUCCUUCCUGUGUGGAGACGGCCGAUUCCGGCGGUCCCUCUGCUCCCGCGCCGCCUCCUUCCUCGGCGCGGUCACCAUGGCAGCAGACGGCCGGGGGGACGCUCUGGGGAACUGCGCGAGGAUAGCUGUUGGCGAGGGAGGGUCCUAAAGUUCUGGACACUCCACAGUCACUGGAAGUCAACCUGAGACAGUGACUCUGAUGCCAGUGAAGAUUAAAGGCACACACUCUUCUCGGAGUAUGCAAAAGUGGAAGCAAGCUUUCUUAGGAAAAAUUGCUGAAAAGUGAACGUGCCAAACCUUUUACGCCAGAGAAAGCAAAAGAAAUUAUAAUGUCUCUACAGCAGCCUGCAGUCUUCUAUAACAUGGUUUUUGAUUGGCCUGCACGACACUGGACAGUGACACACCUUUCUGAGGUCUUGCAGGGCAAGCAGAUACGAUUCAGAAUGGGCCGGAGAAGCACAGACACGGUUCCUCAGUAUGAAACCGCUUGUAGUUACGUGGAUGCUACACUUGAGGAGUUUCUGACCUGGAACUGUGACCAGCCUUGUGUCUCUGGACCAUUUAAAGAUUACGAUCAUUCUAAAUUCUGGGCUUAUGCUGACUAUAAAUAUUUUGUCACUCUAUUUGAAGACAACACAGAUGUUUUCCAGGAGGUGAUGUGGUCUGACUUUGGGUUUCCUGGAAGAAAUGGCCAGGAAAGUACACUGUGGAUCGGUUCCCUGGGAGCCCAUACUCCCUGCCAUCUGGAUUCCUAUGGCUGCAACUUAGUAUUCCAGGUACAAGGAAGGAAAACAUGGCAUCUCUUUCCUCCUGAAGAUACGCCUUUCCUUUAUCCAACCAGAAUUCCUUACGAAGAGUCUAGUGUGUUCAGUAAAAUCAAUGUUGUCAACCCUGAUUUAAAGCGCUUCCCUCAGUUCCAGAAAGCCCGAAGACAUAUGGUCACGCUGAGCCCAGGACAGGUUCUGUUUGUUCCCAGACACUGGUGGCAUUACGUGGAGUCUGUUGAUCCUGCCACCGUCAGUAUAAACUCCUGGAUUGAGCUGGAAGAAGACCACCUCACCCGGGUGGAGGAGGCAAUCACCCGCAUGCUUGUGUGUGCACUGAAGAAUGCAGAGGACCCGAGUCACCCUGCAGCCUGGCUGAACCCCACUGAGGUGGAGGAAACAUCUCAUGAAGUCAAUUGCUGCUACCUAAAUGGUGCUGUUUGUGCUUUUUUUGAUCAUUGUGAAAGAGCUAAUAAGGAAGUAGACGUGCAAGCACUGAGAGCAAACGGAGAGAGCGGGAGAAAGGAAGAACCCAGUGCUCAAGAGCCCAUGGACAUGGAACAAGCGCACAGGCACAGCUCCGUGGUGGAGACCCAGAAACAGGAGGCAGCGGGUCUGUUUAGCCCCGAUCUGGUCCCGGUGACACCAACAUGUGAAGGGAAAGGAUGCACACUCGAAGGGGACAGCAAAGACUUUAUCAAGAGAGACGGAGAACACGUGGCAGAACUGCCCUGUUCCAAGAGGCAGAAAACCAGUAAAAGAGCAAGUGCAGUGGCGGAACAGGCGACCUCAAAGCGUCCUGUGGCGCCUUCUCGAAUGUUUGUGUCCACGGAUGACUUGCUGGACUGCUUGGUGAAUCCACAAGUAACCAGGAUGGUGGCCCAGCUUUUGAUACAAGGAAAAAGCUUGUGAUCCUAAUAGAUUAUUUUUUAGUAACUUUUUAAAAUAUAUUUUUAGAAAUAAUGUGA